AUGCCGACUCAACUCGAGCAACUCCGCGAGAUGACGACUGUCGUUGCUGAUACGGCAAACUUCGCCCUCCUGGCGCAGUUUCAGCCGCAGGAUGCGACGACGAACCCGUCACUCGUGCUGGCCGGCUCGCAGCUACCCGAAUAUGAGCACCUCAUGACGGAGGCUAUCGAGUACGCCAAGGCCAACCUCGGCAUGCAUGCGAACCACUACACGAGCAAGAACAAGGAGGAGAACGUGGUGGCGCUUGCCGUCGAUAAGUUGACAGUCAGCUUUGGCCUUGAGAUAUUGAAGGUUGUGCCGGGCCGCGUGAGUACCGAGGUGGACGCGAGGCUGUCCUUCGAUAAGGACAUGAUGAUGGAAAAGGCUCGCCUCCUUAUUCAGAUGUACGAGGCAGCUGGUGUCGACCGUAGCCGCAUCUACAUCAAACUGGCCUCCACCUGGGAGGGUAUCCAGGCCGCUCGCGAGCUGGAGAAGGAGGGGAUCUGCUGCAACUUAACGCUGCUCUUCUCUUUCGCCCAGGCGGUGGCGUGCGCACAAGCGAACGUCUCCCUCAUCUCGCCGUUUGUCGGCCGCAUUCUCGAUUGGUACAAGCGGGCGGAUCCCGCCAAGGCGGACUGCUUUGUUGGCGAGGCCGACCCCGGCGUUAUCUCCGUCACUAAGAUCUACAACUACUACAAGCAGCACGGCUACAAGACCAUCGUUAUGGGCGCCUCCUUCCGCAACGUCGAGGAGAUCCUGGCGCUGGCCGGCUGCGACAAGCUGACCAUCUCCCCCAUGCUACUGGAGAAGCUGGCAGCCUGUAACGACAAAGUCCACCGCAGGCUCGACCCCUCCAAUGUGGCGGAGAAGAUGGAGAAGCUGCCGGAACUUUCGAGAGAAAGUUUCCUCUUCCUGCACAACGAGAACCCUAUGGCGGUCGAGAAGCUCGCCGAGGGCAUCCGCAACUUUCAUCAGGACACAGAGAAACUGAGGAGGGCCAUCUAUGGGAGGUUGUAA